UUCUAAUGCUCUUGUCAAACGAAAUUUACUUUAUUGAUUGUACGAUUCAAUCGGUUUGUUACACUUAGUUGCUUUUGUGAAUCCGCAAGAAAUUAGCAACGAAAUUCAAAAUGCCACUCGCUCUGACAGGUUCUUCUGCAACCACGGUGAAAGAUAAAAGAAGUUACAAAGAGGUUCAAGAACUACUACUGCUUCACAGACGCUAUGAAGAAAAAGCUGUUCGAAUAUAUAGGAAGGGAUUGUCUGACGCAAACAGAUCAGAUGAGGGACAAACCAACACUGGAAGGUUAGAACCUCGCGAACAACAGAUGGUUAUUAAUUCGUCUCACGGCGGAUUAACGAAGACCCGCACGCGUCACAAGAAAUUCUCACAAAAAUUACAGCAUGAUGAAUUGCCAAAACAACUUUAUAUUAAUGACCAGGAUUAUUUGAGACAACUUCUUCUGAAAAGAGACUCUUACGAGGAUAUUGGCGAUAGUAACACCGUGUCACACUCAGGAGAUCGCGCUCAACUAAGACUACCGAAAUUAGAAGGUAUACCGCCAGAAAAUAAGGAGAUAUUUUACACAACGCUUCCAAAGAUGCCAUCUUUACCGAAACUCAAAGACCGUAAGGUUGGUAGCAUCAACCCGCACAGGAAAAAGAAACGUUUUCGUCAAAAUUAUCAGCGUGGUGAGUCGAGCACGUUCUCUGCAGAUAAUUGUUUAACCAUAAGACAGUUGCCUAGAGACCACUUUAUGCUUCACAAUCAGUCUGCGUCGCUCGCAUCUCUACCGACAAAUUUUCCUGUAGGCAUAACACCACCAUCUCCCGAGCGAAUGACCAUGGACGAAGGACAGCUAUGGUUAGUGCCUUUUGUGAAUAUUGAAAUUCCUCCCUAUCGCUUAGCAAAGUGGAACGAAGUUGAAAACGGAAGUCUGUCAGUGGAGGGAGCUGGAUACAGAGAAAUUCAAAAUAAUGAAGAAAGCUCGAAUGAUAGAAAUAAAGGUGGAGCAACGCAACCCAAGUAUAAAAGAAACGUGCAUUUUAGUGAAUUUUUACACGAAAUUCAUCUUUAUUCUCCUCUUUCAACUCACAGCGUAAGGUCCAAAGAAGAUAUCGAGGAUAUCAAUAAUUAAUCGUUACUGUCGUGAGAUAUUUGAACAAAAUGACAUAUGUUCAUGCAAGUACUAAUUACGUGGCGUAUUGAAGAAGAAAUUAACAAAACAUAUUUUUUUUACGCGUACGAGGUAUAGUAUUAAUUAUAGUUGAGUUAUAACGGAUUAGUUCUCGAACAAAUGUCCCUACGGAAGUAAAAAGUCCAGUAAGAUUAUUGAAAUAGAAUGGAAAUUUACUCCUCUGUUGCAG